AUGAACUCCCUCUCCACAAGCGCCUUCAGUCCCGUCGCCUUCUCCCUGGGGCUGCUUCUGGCGAUGGCUACUGCUUUCCCUACCCCGGGACCUCUUGGAGAAGAUUUCAAAGGUGAUACCACCUCAGACAGACCAGUCCUCACCUCUCCGGACAAAACUGAAGCUCUCAUUAAGUACAUCCUCAGCAAAAUCUCUGCAGUGAGAAAGGAGCUGUGUGAGAAGUAUGACAGGUGUGAAAACAGCAAGGAGGCAAUCAUAGAAAACAACCUGAAUCUUCCAAAAAUGACAGAAAAAGACGGAUGCUUCCAAACUAAGUUCAAUCAGGAGAUUUGCUUGACGAGAACCACCACUGGUCUUCUGAUAUACCAGAUGUACCUGGACUACCUCCAGCAUGGGUACGAGGGCGAUAAGGGAAACAUCGAGACUAUGCAGAUCGUUAUCAGAGCACUGGUCCAGAUCCUGAGGCAAAAGCUGAAGAAUCCAGGUGAAGUAACCACCCCGGACCCAACUGCAAACACCAGCCUGCUGAAUAAUCUGCAGACACACAACGAGUGGAUGAAACACAAAAGGAUUAUCUUCAUCCUGCGGAGCUUUGAGAAUUUCCUGCAGUUCAGCCUGAGGGCUAUUCGGAUGAAGUAG